UUUUGCCAUUGCAAGAUACCGCUCGCGUUAGUAUUCAUUUCUCUGAGAGACCGAUAGAAAAGGAGACUGAGAGAAGAAGAGAGACUGAGAAUAGAAGCAGAAACCACGCCGAUGAAACUGACGUGGAAGAAGAAGAAAGCGAGCAGCGGCAACAAGCGCUCUCGUCCUUACCCUAACCUCCCUUUCGACGACAACGAAGAAUUAGAGGUUUCCGAACAGAAAUCUGCUGAUAUAAUAAAAAUCGACAAAGUCAGGUCAGAUAUCUUCGCCACCGAUUCCAAAACCGUAAAUCCCUCUGACUCAGAUCUUGCAGAAAGCUUCCUAUCGCAAGGGAAUCAGCUCGCCGAGGAUGGGAGAUAUCGUGAAGCACUCAUGAAGUGGGAGGCUGCACUCACUUUGAUGCCUGAAAGGGCAGUUUUAUAUGAACAGAAGGCGCAAGUUUUACUUGAGAUUGGAGAUGCUUGGAAUGCUUUAAGAGCGGCAACUCGGGCUACGGAAUUAGAACCAUCAUGGGCUGAGGCUUGGAUAACACUUGCUAGAGCACAACUAAAUUAUGGAGAGCCAGACUCAUCCCUGGAAAGCUUCGAUAGGGCUUUAGCAAUCAAGCCUGAUUCAGAGGAGGCACAGAUUGACCGACAAACUGCAUUAAAGCUUGUAAAGAGGCGGAAACAACUUCAUGGUUCUGGCGUAACAAGUGUCACGGAAACUCGUUACAAGGUUGGAGACAAGGCCGAAGUAUUAUAGUGCAUGGCAAUGAGAAAAACAGUUUGGUAUGCAGUAUGCUUCCAACAUAAACUAAGUGCUGAGGAUGAUUGCAGCCUUAUUUAGCAGCAACAUUGUUGGAUGUGGAGUCUGAUGGAAGCAACAGGCAUUAAGAGAACACAUGUUUAAGGCCAAUCAGAGAGACGUAGGGUACAAGGAUAGAGUUGUACACAUAGUAGGGAUAUAGAGAUGUAUGCAAAUUAGAGGUAUCGGAAAAAAUGUUCAGAACCAUGUCAUAAUAUUAGGAUUGCUGACAGUGAAGGCUCAUCGAGCAGGCGCUA